GAAGAGCACACGGCAGGAGUUUUUCUCCAAACGCGCAGGGAAAGUCCGAGCUGAGCCGGUCUCGGUGUCCGGGGGCUCUGGGGGCGUUUCCGCUCAGGCUGCUGUCGGGUGGACUUUACUUCUGGAGCUCAGACCGCUCGUCUGAGCAACUCGGGGAAGCGGCUCGAACUUGUGCCUUGUUGUCGUGCCGAGAAGAGCGGCGGGAGAGGAAGAGAAGAGCUGCGGUAGCUACGCGUCCCCGUCACUGCCAGGUCACUGAAUAUGGACCACAGACUCAUGUUCUCUACGUUGGAGGCAGUUUGUGUGGAGGUUAUCUCUGCCCUCUCUGGUCAGCUCAGUACGUCGUACAAUGACGCCACCAAUCAGCUGUUAGCAGUGAUGAGUCGAAUUCAGGAGCAUGGCCGUGCUGUGGAGGCGCUGGUCGCUGGCUUCGCUGCUGUGUACCACAUCUACGACUUUGAUACCGAGACACCUGGGAAUGGAUACCGUACAUUAGUCAAGGUGGUGCACUCCUGCGUUCUUUACAUAAUCCAUAAGGGCCGUUACAUUGCCUCCAACUGUGGGGGGGUGUUUUUCCGGGUGGACCACAAUGCUAGUGAGAUGGAAGCGUACUGCACGGCUCUGUGCCAAAUACGAGCUCUGCUGUACCUGGCCCAGCGGUUGCUUAAUGACAACGAACAUGGGCAGCUCUACUCUCAGGAGGGUGAACUGAGUGAGAGGUUCGUGAAAGAGUACACGUCCAUGCACAAGGCCUGCUUCUAUGGGCGCUGCCUGGGCUUUCAGUUCUCUCCCUCUCUCAGGCCUUUCCUGCAGACAGUGGUGAUCAGUAUGGUGUCCUUUGGAGAGAACUACAAUAAACAGCAGAGUAGACUAGGGAGGGCAGCUCUCUCGAUAUUCACCUCUGGGAAGUAUGUGGUGGACCCUGAGCUGAGGGGGACCGAGUUUGAACGGAUCACUCAGAAUCUGGAUAUGCAGUUCUGGAAGACGUUUUGGAACAUCACUGAAACCGAGCUGAUCUCAGGUUUAGCCAGCAUCACGUCUAACCAAGUGCAGGUAAAUCUGACCCUGUCUGUUCCCGGAGAGUCGCUGAGUUUGCCUCUGGCCUCAGACCCAAGCCUGACGGUCACUGUGUCCCCUCCUGUUGCCCACUGGGGACCAGGCCCUGUGAACAUGCGCCUCAUCUCUCACACACUGCGCGAGGGACAGGACAGUGCAGAGCUGCUGGCACUCUCUCGCUCUGAGGGGCCUCAGCGAUCUCUCUCCAUGGGCUUCAGGAACCAGAGAAGCUCCCCGUCUCCAUGGCUACUCAUCCACUUUCACGGGGGAGGAUUUGUGGCACAGACAUCCAGAUCUCAUGAAAGUUAUCUGAAGACCUGGUCAAGGGAUCUGAAUGUACCGAUUCUUUCUGUGGAUUACUCUCUGGCCCCUGAGGCCCCCUUCCCUCGAGCCUUGGAAGAGUGUUUCUAUGCUUACUGUUGGGCCUUAAAGAACUGUCACUUGCUGGGCUCAACAGCAGAGCGCGUGUGUCUGGCGGGGGACAGUGCGGGCGGAAACCUGUGCCUGACCGUCUCAAUGAAGGCCAUGUCUCACGGUGUACGAACCCCUGAUGGCAUCAUGGCUGCAUACCCGGCCACGCUUUUGACAACAGAUGCCUCACCUUCCCGGCUCCUGACACUCAUCGACCCACUGCUGCCUCUCAGCGUGCUUUAUAAAUGCAUCAGUGCUUACACUGGUACAGAGAAUGAGUCAGUGCAGCCAAUACAACACCUGGACACUCUGAGUGCUCUGGGCCGGGACACAGCAGUGUUGCUAGGGGACAUCACACAAGGAGCCUCCAACUGGCUGCAGUCACUACUUAACAAUACAUCUGCCUUGUCACCACCAGCAACUAGAUCAGCGAACGGGCCUCAAAAUGCAGCGCCUCAUUCUGAUGACACGCUACAGUGCUCUAAGGAAUUCCCUGAAGGCUUCGAACCACUGCGUUCUGGGUGUCUGGCGGAGAUUCGAACCCCCUGCACCCCUAUAAUGAAGAAUCCAUUUGUGUCUCCUUUACUUGCACCGGACAUUCUUCUCAAGGGACUGCCACCGGUGCACCUAGUGGCUUCGGCUUUGGACGCCCUGUUGGACGAUUCUGUGAUGUUUGCCAAAAAGCUGAGGAGCAUUGGCCAACCAGUGACCUUGACAGUGAUAGAGGACCUCCCACAUGGCUUUCUUAGCCUAUCACAGGUUUCCAGAGAGACCCAGGAAGCAUCAGACAUCUGUGUGGGACGAAUCCGAGAAGUCUUUGAACAGGAAUCGCCACCUGACACACACAGGCAACCAAACCUCAACCACAAAAACAAUUCCAUGGUUGGGUAAGCUGGACUGUUAGGAACCUCUAAUGUUUCCAGAACCAAGGAAAGUAGCUUUAUAAGCUAAUAAAAAUCAUGGAAAACAGAGAGUGAAAAGACAUAAAGGGACUGAAAAAAAUAAAGGGAAGAAAUUUGAACCAAACUAGAAAAACACCCACACAUAACUGUUUUUUUGUGAAAUGUGUCUUUCCCUAAUAAGAUAUACAAAAGUGACCUCACAGGCUUCCAGAGAGUAUAGAGCUGCCUUCAUUUCUGGGUUCACAAUGGACUUCUACAGCUGCACACGUUAAAACUGUUCAACACCGCAUCCUCAGGUUAUUGUGUAAAUUUAGAAUAAAACAGCGAAACUGUUCCGUUAUUAGCUUAAUGGCUGAUUUUAUGGGGUGGGGCUACUUUAUCAUAGCUAACAACAGGAGAAAAAAGUGGAAAUUUUAAAGCACAACCUACAUCAUUGUGCCUUAUUGCAGAACUGGUGUGUAAAACAGUGAUGGUAUGUAACCAAUUCCAGCAUGCAGGCAUGCAGAUAUGUAGAGAGAUACUGGCUGCUUUGGUGAUAAAAUAAGCAGAUCAGUCUAUUUUUUUUCCAGGCCUCCCAAUAGCAUGCAUAUGACUACAAAUAUUCUGUUUAUCAGGUCUUACUAUAAGAUAAGAUAGAACACAUUGAUAGAAAAAAUUGAGUUUUAUCAGUGAAGUUUUGCAUAAUUGUAAGUUUGUAUGCCCCAUGGAAACCUGUGCAUGGUCAUUUUUCUUACUUCAGAAGCACCCAUUUCAUAAAAACCACCUUAAACGCUUCGCACAAUGAAAAUUAGGAAAAAGCUCCAAAGAUGUUGCCCUACAGUGGAUUACAGUACAUUGAAAGCACUAAAACGAGAGUUGCUCUUCAAACUUCUCUACAUUUACUGAAUGUCUCACCAGCAUAUCGCCAUUGUGCUUUCCAUAAAGCUCUAAAAUCCAUCUAUGCUGCUGGGCUUUCCUUUACUGACAUGAAUCUGUUAUACUUUUUCAUCAAAUGAUAUCUAUAUUCUAUUGGGGAUUUUUACUCUGAAAAUGCACUGUGGGUGCAUCGAACAUCGUAGGUAGUUCAAACUUUUUACAGGUGUUGGUUUGAAGCAUAGGUGUUCAAUCUUGGUCAUGGAGAUCUACCACCCUGGAGAGUUCAGCUCUAAUAUUCUGUAUUAUAUAUUCUAUAUAAUAUUCAGAUGCUCCUAAAGGUCUUCAUUACCUGAAUUAGGUGUGUUUGAUUAGAGGUGGAACUAAGCUGGGCAGCGUGUUGGAUCUCUUGGAGCAGGAUUGGGCACCUCUGGUUUGGAGGAACGCUACUGCACCAGCUACUGUGUGGAGGCCUGCUGCUUCAACUGGAUUUACAAAGAUUUACUAUACCAAAAUGUCUGAAUGGGACAAAGUGGUCAAAACGUGCUGGCCAUCAUGCUUCACACCAUUGUGCCCAUUUACUUUUAAGAUGUGCACAAGAACAUUACAAUAAGCAUUAAGGGCAUGGCUGUUUUAACAGCCUGUUUUCACUUACUAUGCAGUUUUCGUGAUAUGGUUCUAUUUAAUGAAUGAAUGUAGUAUUUUUAAUACCUCUUAACAGGCUUAAUAAUGGCCUAGAUUUCUAAGCUGCUGUAAAUAUACAUCUCACCUUUGUAUUUAUACUUCUUGUAUUUAUACUGUUUGAGAUGACAACAGCAAAGUUGACUAUUUUCAUAAAUGCCUAAUAUUUCUACCUUACACCUACUGCUAAUAAAUAUCUUUGUUUAUUCAAAUAUUGGUUGAAAAGAAUAAAAGAGACUGACAGUG